AUGGAGGACCAACUCGUCCAGGUCCUCGCCAACACUCAGUUGGCUGCCGAAGGUCCUAGAAAACAGGCAGAGCUUGACCUGAAGCAUGCAGCCAGCAAUCCUGUAUUCCCGCUGUCUCUUGCAAACAUUGCCCGACAUACGUCUAUUGCCAUAGAAAUCCGACAAGCUGCUCUGUCUGCUUUGCGACUCUUCAUCGAGAGACACUGGAGCGGGGAGAACGAUGAUGGCCCCGCCAUUCCUAUCGCCGAUUCUACCAAAGAUCAGAUCCGACCUCUAGUUCUUGAUCUUGCCUUGAAUUCGGAAGAUGAUAGGAAGAUCAAGACGGCUGCAAGUUAUUCGGUCGGCAAAAUUGCUAAUGUCGACUUCCCCGAAUUAUGGCCGUCGCUUCUUCCUACCUUGCUCGAGAUAAUCCCGAAUGGGAACGAUAAUCAGCUCCACGGUGCUUUGAUAGUCCUCCGGGAUUUGGUUGACGAAAGCCUCAGUGAUGACCAAUUCUUCUCCAUGGCACGAGAUAUAGUUAAGGUCGUAUACGAUGCCGCUAUCAAUGAAGGCCGAAAACCCAUCUUGCGCGCUCUUGCCGUCUCCGUCUUUCGUGGUUGUUUUGACCUCAUGGAUACUGUCAAGGAGGAGCACCCGAAGGAAGUACAGGCGUUUGCCGAAGAGGCAAUGAAGGGUUGGUUUCCUUUCUUUCAUCAGGUCAUGAAGUUAAGGCUCCCUGCCCUCGAACCUCAGUCGACUGUACAGCCUGAUACAUGGAAUGGUAUAAUUGCCCUUAAGCUCCAGGUUGUGAAAUGUCUUCUGAAGUUGAAGUACGUUUUCUCGAGUCUCCUGCUCCCUGAGACGCCACCUUUCUUUCAGGCCAUCUGGGAAGAACUAUUGCUCCUCGAGCCUGCGCACGAGGAGCUAUAUAUUCAAAACGAUGCUCAAGGCAGGCUAGAAGACUCUGAUGGCCUUCCCUACACCCUAGACUUCCUCAUUUUGGAGGAACUAGAUUUCUUGAAUGGUUGCUUGCGAGCUCCACCUGUUCGCAAGGAGCUAGAAGCCCAGUUAGCGGCCCAUGCUUCUGCACAUGAGACACCAUGGGUACUGGAUAUCAUGAAGCUCGCUACUUCUUAUGCUCUUAUUACUAGAGAAGAAGAAGAGUUAUGGGACAUAGAUGUUUCCCUCUAUCUUGCAGAGGAGCAGUCUGUGAGCGCCAACUAUACCCCACGAACUGCUUGCGGAGACCUCCUAAUCAAACUCGGCGAAUGGUUAAACCAGAAAGCAUUAGAAGGUCUCUUUGCUUAUACGAAGGGCCUCUUUGUUGAGGAUGCAUCGUGGAGAAGACAGGAAGCCGCUCUAUACUUGCUCAAUCAGCUUGUGAAUGACUUCUUGGACUGCAGCAAGACCAUCCCUCUAGAGAUCAGCCAGGCGUAUCUUGAACUGGUAAACUAUGCUAUUAAUCGUCCUGGGGAACCGUUACUACGCAGCCGUGGGUAUCUAAUUGCUGGCGUAUUAGCUCAGUUUGACGGAGUAGCAGCUUCACUCCUGGACCGAACGAUUGAGGCUAUUGCGGCAGAGCAGUCCGAGCUUGUGCAGGUUGCGUGCAUAAAGGCGGUCGAGGGAUUUCUCCAGUGUGGAGGGAUUGCCGAGAACCGACAGGUUCAAGCAAAUGUGGUCAACGCUAUUUCUCAAUGGAUGUCUGCGCGGGACAUGUCCGACAUUGAACAGGCGGAUGACUUACUUGUUACACUUACAGAAACCCUCCGAGCUGCUAUCAAUAUCGACAAACGAGUAGCUGUGUCCAACGAUGUUCCUGCCUUGGAUUUACUCUUCCUCAUUGCUAAACAUGGCUCAACUAAUUGGCAGGUCACUAUGCUUAUUUGCGAAGAAUUCGAAGACAUCGUUAAAACAAUGCCAGACCCAGCCUUAUACCAAGCACUUUGCCAAAAAGUCCUUCCUACACUGAAUGGCGCAUUCAACGUUGCUGAUAUUACCUCAGACAAUCCACUCAUUACGUUUGCUACCGAAUUGAUGGCUGCCCUUACUCAAUAUGCCUCAGAACCCUUACCUCCUGGGUUCGUAGCAGCUACCUUGCCCAAGCUGAGCCGCUUACUUAUGGAGAGCAAUGAGGGUGAUAUCCUAAGACCAGGCGCUGAAUCAGUCAAAUAUCUCUUAGCACACGACCACGAGCAGGUACUCAACUACCACGACGAGAACAAUAGAUCUGGCCUUGAGGUUUGCCUACAUAUCAUUGACCGAUUGCUUGGUCCAUCUAUCGAGGACAAUGCGGCAUCCGAAGUUGGUGGUCUUGCAGCCGAGCUAGUUGAAAAAGCAGGCCAUGAGCGACUUGGUCCAUUCUUACCACAGCUCUUACAGGCAGUUGCCAACCGAUUAGCCUCGGCCGAGGCUGCUGGAUUUAUCCAGUCCCUUAUUCUAGUCUUUGCGCGACUCUCUUUGGUUGGUGCUCGAGACGUUGUCGACUUCCUCAGCACGAUUCAGAUCAAUGGCCAGAGUGGCCUACAGGUCGUCUUAGGCAAGUGGCUGGAAAAUUCAGUCAAUUUCGCGGGAUACGAUGAAAUCAGACAAAAUGUGAUCGCUCUCUCCAAGCUAUUUAGCUUGAAUGACCCCCGACUUCUCCAGACGACAGUAAGGGGUGAUAUGAUCAUACCUGUAAGUGAUAGAAUUAUGACAAGGUCCCGUGCUAGGCAAACCCCAGACGAAUAUACUGCAAUCCCUGCCCCCUUAAAGAUCCUUAAGGUUCUGAUUGAAGAACUUCUCUCCGCAUCAGGCGCGAAUAACGCUGCUAAUGUCGCGGCUGCGGCGGCGGCGGCUGAGUUUGCUGAUGACGACGAUGAUGAUGGCUGGGAGGAUGACCCAGACACAUUAGACCUCAAUCUUGGUAGCGUCAAGAAUGAUCUAAUGGGCUUCCUAGAAGCCAACAAUAUGCGCCGCCGGGAUGAUGAAACUCAAGCUUAUCUUACAGAAUUCUUCCUCGCAGCAGCGCGCGACAACAUUGCCGGGUUUGGGGAAUGGUACAACCAGCUAAAUGAGAACGAGAAAGCAAAACUAAACGAACUCUCUGCGCAAUAGGCUUGCGCGUAAUCGAUAGUCAUGCAGCACAAAGUAUAGAAAUAAUUCCAAGAGGAUAUCUCAUGGUCGAUAAUCGAGUUCGGAUUGGAAGUUAAGCGGUGCUAGUCUAAAGGCUCAAUACAGUUCCAUACCAAGAAUUGCAAAGAAUUGGUAUCCCGUCAUAAUGGGUUCAGUUCUCUGGGGUAGAGGUGCGCAUAUCUGGGUACUUACUGUAAGCAACUAACCUAGUAAAUAAUGCCUUGCUGGCUGUCCAGCUUGGGGACUUGGAUGAGGUGUCUGGGGGGG